GUAACUCAGGAAGCCCUGCCCUCUUUUGAAAUGAGGAAGCAACUUGUUUUUCUCUCUGCUGAGGACGCACGGAUGAAAGACGACACUUUAUCGCUAAAUUCAAGACUUCCCAGUGAAGAAGGACUGCAAUAGUACCACAGGGAAUACUGUGAAUACUGCCAUUGGCAAUGUACUGUACCUGCUGCUGACAGUACACAAAAAUAAGACCUAGGAGGAUCGUAAGGAAAGUGAAAGUAACUUGACAGUAUAGAGAGGAACUAACUGCAACAUGGCGUCUAAAUUACAGGAAGAUCUGUCGUGUCCCGUCUGCAAAGAUAUAUUUAAAGAUCCAGUCAUCCUGUCAUGUAAGCACAGCUUCUGUAAUGACUGUUUACGGAAAUACUGGGCAAACAAAAACGAUUUGGGGUGUCCAGUCUGCAAGAGGAAGUCUUCAAAGGAGGUUCCACCUGUUCAUUUUGAGCUGAAGAAGCGUUGUGAGGCUUUCUUACAGGAGCGAGCCUCUGAGCCCGUCUGCAGUCUGCACUCUGAGAAACUCAGCGUCUUCUGUGUGGAUGAGCAGCUGCUACUGUGCAGCAUCUGUGCAAAUCAAGAAGCUCACAGAAACCACCGUUUCCAGUCUGUUGAUGAAGCAGCUCAGGACCACAAGAAAAAACUUGAGGAUUCCUUAAAACCCCUGAAAAAGAAAAUGAGGGCCAUCCGUGAGGUUAAAGGGACAUGUGAUCAAACAGCAGAGCAUAUUAGAGCUCAGGCUGAAAGCACAGAGAGGAGCAUUAAGGAGCAGUUCCAGAAGCUUCACCAGUUUCUAGAAGAGGAGGAGGCAGCCAGGUUGGUUGCACUGAGGGAGGAAGAGGAGCAGAAGAGUCAAGUGAUGAAGGAGAAGAUUGGGGCUCUGAGCAGAGAGAUAACAGCACUUUACCACACCAUUAAAGACACAGAGAAUGAGCUGAGAGCUGGUAACGUCUCAUUUCUGCAGAACUACAGAGCUACAGUGGAACGAGUUCAGCAGCAACCUCUUCCUGAUGAUCCAGAGCUCGCCUCGGGAGCACAGAUAAAUGUGGCCCAGCAUGUGGGCAACCUAGGCUUCAAUGUUUGGGUCAAGAUGAAGGAGAUGGUUUCCUACUGUCCUGUGAUCCUGGAUCCAAACACUGCUCAUCCAGGCGUAAUCCUGUCUGAAGAUCUGACCAGUGUGCGGCAGGGAGAGCAAACCCAGGAGCUUCCUGACAAUCCAGAGAGGAUUGAUCACUUCUUCUCCGUUGUCAGCUCCGAGGGCUUUGACUCGGGCUCUCACAGCUGGGAGGUGGAGGUUGGGGACAAUACGGCCUUUGUGCUGGGAGUGUUAACAGACUCAUGUCAGAGGAAAGGAGUCAUUUGGCCUGCACUGUGGAGGCUGAUGUUCUGUGGUGGUGAAUACAAAAUACUGUCGCCAUUAGACCCGGGGUCAGAUGUGCAAGUGACGAGGAACCCGAAGAGAAUCAGACUUCAGCUGGACUGGGACAGAGGAGAGCUGUCAUUUUAUGACUCUGACACAGACACACACAUACACACCUUCACACACACCUUCACCGACAGGCUGUUUCCAUACAUUAGCACCUGGUGUGACAUCCCAAUAAAGAUAGUGGCACUGAAGAUCUCUGUAACAGUGGACGGUUUGUUGGAAAAUGCCAUCUGUGCUGAUGAACAAGGCUAAAAAGUUGAUUUUGGCUGCCAAAGCUAGAACCUGCUAAAGAUACUAUUCUGUGAAAACCACAAGCUUUUACUUUUUCACCUCUUCUGUUAUCUGCGUUUCAUUUUGCCAUACACAAAAAUGCAGUUAAUAUUUAAUAAACCGAUAAUUAGAUAAAGAGGUGCAUGGUAACCUAAUAUUAACCCUGACACUUGUCUUAAAUGGCUUGCUGGUGACUUAGUUGGUGAGAGAAGUGUAACUUUAAAGUAUUUAUUUAUCAUUUUGUAGUUUCUAUAACGUUAUUAAAAACACACCAGCACACUUGUUUUUUGUCCCUUACACUGAUGUAAAUCCAGGUAACACAGAAGAUUGAACAGUUGUUCUUGCUGUGUGUUCUACGUUAUCUGCAUUUCCAAGGCUCAGCAGCAGAUUAGGAUCAACUAUAAUAACAUUCAUACAUUUAUUAAAUCUGUUUUUAUUUAUUUAUUUAGUUCUUAGUCCAGUGAAAUUGUCCAAGUGGGGUAGGUACUAAUUUUCAGAUGGGAGUUCUACAUCUAGAAUCAAAUGACAUGUAUUAAAGCGUGUAUUAAUUUGGUGAUUUAUUGAAUGUAAAAAAAAAACCCAAAACAGACACAUGUUGGCUACAAAUUGAUGCCAAAUGACUAAAAUCACACGUGCAACACUUUCUACAGAUUUGGCAACAUAGGAAAAACAACAAAAGUUGGAAUGUAUUUUUAAUUUAGAUUAUUUUUAUUUGAUGCCUACUUAAAUAUUUUUUAAAAUAAAGUGCCAAAUCACAAGUUUC